AUGCAGCACUCGCAGCUGGCCCCACUGCCAACAGAGCUGCCCUUUCGUAUCGUGUCCAAAACAAUCGGCCAGGGCGCGUAUGCAUGCAUCAAGAAAGCCUGCCCCCUCCAGCACGAAAACCCAGUCUUCGCCGUCAAAUUCAUCCACAAGGAAUACGCCGCCCGCCAUGGUAAGAUCGGCGCCAGGCAGCUGCAGAUGGAGGUGACUGUCCACAAGCACAUCGGCGACCACAACAACAUCAUCUCCUUCUUUCACACUGGCGAGGACGCGACUUGGCGAUGGAUAGCCAUGGAGCUGGCCGAAGGCGGCGACUUGUUUGACAAGAUCGAAGCUGACGAGGGAGUCGGCGAGACCAUCGCCCACCUCUACUUCACCCAGCUGAUCAGUGCCGUGAGCUACAUGCACUCGAGAGGCGUUGGCCACCGCGACAUCAAACCAGAAAAUAUUUUGUUGUCUGACGAUGGAAAUUUGAAGAUCGCAGAUUUUGGUCUCGCCACUGUGUUUGAAUAUAAUGGGAAGACGAAGAUGUGUACAACAUUAUGUGGAAGCCCGCCGUACAUAGCACCCGAGGUCAUUGCGUGCAGUACGCGGGGCCAGGCAAAAGGGCCCGGCUAUCGCGCUGAUCUUGCAGACAUCUGGUCCUGUGGAGUCGUUUUGUUCGUGUUACUCGCGGGCAAUACUCCAUGGGACAGUCCGACGGAGAACAGUUACGAGUUCAGCGAGUACGUUGAGAAGAAUGCAAGGACCACCGAUGAGCUCUGGCAGCGACUGCCCCCUGGUGUCUUGUCGCUCCUGCGUGGCAUGAUGAAGGUUGACUUGGCCAGCCGGUUCAGCAUGGAAGAUGUGAGGAGGCAUCCGUGGUUUACGCAGCCGAAUAAUUAUCUUUCUACGGAGGGCAAACUACGAGAUCCCGUCAACAUGGCAACCAGCAUGUUCGAGUCCUUACACAUCGACUUUAGCCAGGACCCUCUAGCUUCGUCCCAGCAACAACGAACCCGGGCUUCCUCGUCGGCGAUGGACGUCGACUCUGCAGAUGGCUUAGACGCGAGGUUAUCAUCCACGCAGCCCGAGAUGCCCACGGAUAAUAUUACCGUAGACUGGGACAUGCCACUGGGCAAUGGAUAUUCGUCAACACAACCACAAGACUACGCCAUUCCAAACACCCAGGAUUAUUUCAUGGCAGAUCGUCUCGAAGACGAGCCAGCCAUGUCGCAGUUCAGUCAGAACCCGUCGGUCCCGAUCAGCCGAACCCAAAACGCGCAAAAGUUCCGAGAUAUCAUUCCAUCACGAUCGAUGAAUCGGUUCUACUCAACCUGGGCAUUGAAGCUUCUCGUGCCGUUUCUGAGUGAAGCUCUGCACCGUCUCGGAGUGCCGGUCCCAGCGCAGAUUUCCGGCAUCGACAUGGGCGGUCCGGUUGUCAUCCGGGUCGCGACCAAAGACCAGCGAUUAUGUUUGCUCCAGGGAACUAUCAUCGUGGAGUGUGUCUCGGAUGGGCUGUUCGAGGUCGAGUUCAGCAAAGUCAAGGGUGAUCCGCUGGAGUGGCGACGGUUUUUCAAAAAGGUCGCGGUGUUGUGCAAGGAUGCAGUGUAUAAGCCAGAUCAGUAG